AUGUACCUCCCCUCUGUACUCGGGGCAUUCAUGCUCCUAAUCGUUUCCGCCCUCGCCGAGUCCUCCGAUAUCCUGUACUGGCCCCUGGGCACCGCCCAACCCUCCCUCCUCGCACGCGUCACAUACGACCCGACCUCACUGAAGUCCGAGCUGGUCUCCUACCAUGCUCCGUCAGAAUCUACUUCCGAUGAGCUUGUUCGCAUCGGUAUCUACAAGUCGACUGCUUCAAAUUCGAAGCAAUGGGCUGGUAGUCUUGUCUCUUUGUCUGCUUUGACAGGAGAGAACGCCCCCGCUAUUCGUCUGCACCUUGCUGCUUCCAAUGAAAUCUAUCAUGUGUCUUUAGCUGCGUCGAAGAAUACUUCUGCCACUCCUCAGGUUGAGCUUGUUUCCACGGAACCGGGUGCUCAGCCGCAUUUGAAUCGUCCUGUUGUUGUUGGUCCUGAUGGACAGAAUACGGAGGAGGAGCCGGAAAAGACCUUUUUCCAGAAAUACUGGUGGGUGCUUUUGAUUGUCACAUUCUUGACGAUGUCUGGUGGUGGUGGUGGCGGCGGAGAGUGA